AUGCUUCGCAACAAGCGUCAAAAUACACAGCCCCUGGAGGAUACCUCGGUAGCCCCCGCUACCUUCACGGACGGCCUACCCCUGCCCAAGCUGAUCGCCUUUGAUCUGGACUACACCCUAUGGCCUUUUUGGGUCGACACACAUGUCAGCGCUCCAGUGAAAGCCCGCGACCAUAACUCACGAGUGGUUGACCGCUGGGGCGAGUCGUUCGCAUUCUACCCUGCUGUUUCUUCGAUUAUAUACGCUUGCAAGAGUAAAGAGAUCCCCAUCGCCCUUGCAUCACGAACACAUGCACCGGAGCUAGCUCGUGACAUGCUUAAAGCCUUGCACAUUAUCCCCACCUUCUCGGACAACCCGACGGCCAACUCGCGCACGAGUCGUGCUCUCGAGUACUUUGAUUACAUACAGAUCUUCCCUGCCAAUAAGACACAGCACUUUGCGAAGAUCCAUCAAGCGAGUGGUGUUGAUUACGAGGACAUGCUGUUCUUUGACGACGAGGCACGCAAUCGCAAUGUCGAGACGGAGCUUGGUGUCACUUUCUGCUUGGUGCGGGAUGGCAUGACUCGCGACGAGGUUGAUCGUGGGGUUUGGGCUUGGAGAAAGAGAAAUGGCAUCAAGAAACCGGCGGAUGGAGGACUUUGA